UGCGCAUGCGCGCUGCGCUGUGUUUUGGUGCGUUUAAGGUCCAGUCUGAAGGCUGCGGAGCCUCGGGCUGAAUUCCGCGCAGGACCCCGCUGUUCCUGAGCCGCUGUGCCGCUAUGGAGGCCAUGGAGACGGACACGGACCUGGACCUGGUGCAGAAGUUCAGCUGCAUGGGCACCACGGACAAGGACACGCUGAUCACCGAGUUCCAGAGGCUGCUGGGCUUCCAGCUCAACCCCGCGGGAUGCGCCUUCUUCCUGGACAUGACGAACUGGAACCUCCAGGCUGCUAUUGGAGCUUAUUAUGACUUUGAGAGCCCCAGCACUACAGCUCCAUCUAUGUCUUUUGUGGAAGAUGUGACCAUUGGAGAAGGAGAGUCGAUUCCACCAGAUACGCCUUUUACCAAGACCUGGAGGAUACAAAACACAGGUCCUGAAUCCUGGCCUCCCGGAGUGUGUCUAAAGUACAUUGGCGGGGACCAGUUUGGCCACGUCAACUUUGUAAUGGUACGUUCACUGGACCCUCAGGAGAUGUAUGAUGUCAGUGUGCAGAUGCGCAGUCCUGUUGCUCCAGGAAUGUACCAGGGACAGUGGAGGAUGUGCACAGCCACGGGACUCUUCUACGGAGAUGUUAUCUGGGUGAUCCUGAGCGUGGAGGUGGGGGGUCUCCUGGGUGUGACGCAGCAGCUGUCCUCCUUUCAAGCCGAAUUCAAUACUCAGCCAAACCGCGGCGUCCGUGAGGACUACAACCCCUUCGCCUCUCCGCAGAAGAACAAGCAGAGCGGUCAACACGGCAACGGUGUGCCUGACGACAGCCUUAAAGACCCGAUGCAAACAGAACAGCAUGGACUUUCAAAUAGCUCUGUACCUUUAGCACCAAGCGACCUGCAGAACAACCUAUCAGUAGUUUCAUACAAUCAGCCUACAUACGGACCUCACCCGUUUGGAGAGUCUUAAAACCCGCUGUUGGUGGUUCAGUAAUAAACAAACUGUGGCCUUGUGCCCGCUCUGUCUGGAGGGGGAAGAUAACACACAGUUUUAAUAGACACUCGGGCACACAGUCUGCCCCACCCCUGGAACCACCACCGUUAUUAUAAUGACCAGUUUUUUAUUAUUAUAAUUUAGGGAAUUUUAACCCAGGGAAUUAAUAGCUGCCCCCUGAGUAUGCAUGUGUGAAUGCUAAUUUAAGAAGAGUGCUUGUAGAAGUGUUUAUAAAAUAUUUUAUGGAGAAAAAAACAAAAAAAACAAUAUUUUCCCUUUU